GGGCGGUUUCCACGGCUCUGUUGCUGAACGCUCUCAAGGUGGCAUGGAAUUCUCUGGCAGGCUGCCGCCUCCUGCAGCUUCCACGUGGAUGCUUGGCUCAGCCAAAGGUCCAUCUCAGCAGGGAGGCCUCUAGAAAAGUCUCUUCACUUGGCCAACCGGUUCUGCUGUCGUCGCUGCCGUCCCUUGGACACCCUGCUCCACCUGGCCAGCACCGCCCAAAGAGACCUUUCGGAGAAGAAGAGCUCGGGGCCUCUCUCACACCUGCCCUCCGUGCGACCUGAGAGCCUCCAGGUGGCAGAAAGGAAUCUGCUUUCCUCGGCGAGAGCGGAAAUGGCGGGUUGGGCUGGCUUGCCACUGGCCUGUUGACCGGACGUUUCUCCACCGUCCUUCGGUGACAUGAGUCAAAACGCCGCUUCCCGGCUGGCCGAAUCGCCUCAGCUCUCCAAGAGCAGCCUUCUCAACAUCUUGGGUGCCCCGCAGCCGGAGAGGAUGAGCCUGUCGGACUCCAUGCCCCCCACGCCCAAGAGCGGCACCCCUUCUCCCGGGCCGCCCCAGCUGCCCUUGCUGAGCCCCGGCUGCCUCGAAAGUGACUGGGAGGGCCGCGAGGAGCUGCGGCUGCAAGAGCUGGAGGAGGCCCGGGCCCGGGCCGCCCAGAUGGAGAAGACGAUGCGCUGGUGGUCCGACUGCACCGCCAACUGGCGGGAGAAGUGGAGCAAGGUGCGUGCCGAGCGCAACAAGGCGCGGGAGGAGGUGCGCCAGCUGCGCCAGAAGCUGGACGCCCUGACCAAGGAGCUGACCGGCCUGAAGCGAGAGAGGCAGGAGGUGCUGAGCGAGAACGAGCAGCUGGGCAAAGAGGUGGCGCGGCUGAAGGAGGAGGGCGAGGGCGAGAAGGAGAAGGACAACCGCCUCGCCUCUGAGAAGGAGGGCGAGGCUUCCCCCGAGCAGGAGCCUGUGCGGGACGUGAGCUCUGAGAGGCUGCCGAAAAACAAGUCAUUGCAGGAGUUUGAGUUGAUGGAGAACCUCCUGAAGAGCAAGCAAGAAGGGCCCGAGUGCUGGGACCAACGGAGCUCGGUCAGCGUACGCUCCUCCUUCGCCCGCCAGGAGAGGAACCGGUUGCUGUGGGAGGAUGUCUCCAUCAUCGAGGAAGAUGCCACCAAGAUCACCGCCCUGAAGCUGCGGCUGGAUGAAUCUCAAAAAGUGCUUCUCAAAGAGCGGGAGGACAAGCUGUCCCUCAGCAAGAAUAUUGAGAAGCUGGAAGGGGAGCUGAACCAGUGGAAGAUCAAGUACGAGGAGCUCAGCAAGAACAAGCAGGAGGUGCUGACUCAGCUGAACAUCCUCAAGGAGAUCCACCAGGACGAGCUGGGGCGCAUCUCAGAAGACCUGGAAGACGAACUCGGGGCGCGAUCGAGCAUGGACAAGAAGUUGGCUGAGCUGCGUUCAGAGAUGGAGCGCCUGCAAGCCGAGAACGCAGCGGAAUGGGGCAAGCGCGAGCGCCUCGAAACUGAGAAGCUGAACCUUGAGCGGGACAACAAAAAGCUGCGGGCGCAGAUUGAGGACCUGGAGGAAGUUCUGGCCCGGAAGAGGCGCCAGACGGCCAGCGCCCUCGACACCGAUUUUAGGACCGUACAAGCAGAGCUGUUUGAGAAGAACAAGGAACUGGCCGACCUGAAGCACGUGCAUGCCAAGCUGAAGAAGCAGUGCCAGGAGAAGAUGGUGGAGCUGGCGCACGCGAACCGGCGGGUGGAGCAGCACGAGGGCGAGGUGAAGAAGCUGCGCCUGCGGGUGGAGGAGCUCAAGAAGGAGCUGGCCCAAGCCGAGGAUGAGCUGGAUGAGGCCCAUAACCAUGCCCGGAAACUGCAGAGGUCACUUGAUGAGCAAACAGAGCAAAGCGAGAAUCUCCAAGUUCAGCUGGAACACCUGCAGUCCAGGCUCCGGCGUCAGCAGAACAUCCCUCUUUUCGGGAAGAUCCGUGGCUCCCGCUUCGGUCCUGACGACCCCGGAGACGGCACCAGUGACCUCGACGAAGACGAAGACUUGCAGAUCCAAGUUACAUAGCGGCUGCCACCUGAGAGACGCUUCGGGCGUGUCGGAACGAGCACACGGCGCUGGCCUGAGCUGGGCCCUCGGGCUGGGUCGCGGGGCCUCUCCUCCCUUCCCCGACUCGAGGACAAGCCCAGACCAGCAAGAGAGGCUGGGAAAGGGGGCACGGUUGAAACCUCUGCGCUCGUCUCCCCACAAGAUGCUUGACGGAGUAGGGUGGGAGUGGUGUGCUGCGCGUCCUCUCCCCCAGCUGCAGCCCACGUGCUGUCCAUGAUGCUUUAAAGAACAGACCUGGGCACGCGAGCAUCCCUGCUCCAGGCCUAUGGGCCCCGUCGGCCUGAAUUUAGACUCCUGGUGUGCAGUCCUCCGUCCCCAGGCUCCUCACCACUGCCCAGCAGGCACCUUGGCAAGCCGCGGUUCAUCCCGGUCCGUACAGAGCCAAGCUGAUGACGACAACCCUUGUGCUAGGGAGGGGUGAAUCAGAGCAACCCAUGUGCCCUCCCCUCCUGACAGGCACCCCUGCGGUGGACUGCUGGGUUACCUUUGUGCCCCAUGCAUGGAACCCGUGCUCACACAAAACUCUUGACCGAAGGACUAGGUGGGUGACCGCACAUGCUGGAGAAGCUGUCCUGGAACGCAUCAGCCCAGCCUUCUCUUUAUGUACAUGUGUAUUUGCAUUGGUACAUGUUAUGUAUUCUAAAUGUUGAGGCAACCACGGCAGGGUUUCUCCCACUCCUGCAGCAAGCAGCCAAAAGACUUCACCACAAAAGACGCCAGAUCAAGUCUCCCCACACCCUUUGCCACAAACAUCUUUCAGCCCGCACCUCCCACACACCAGCACCGAUAUGAGGAUAACUCGGCUGGCUUUUUAAGGUUGUAAAGAUCACAAAAUAGUGGUCUGAUUCGGUUGCAGUGCGAAGCCACACGAGAAUGAGUGUUGAGUUUACGCUGUGUGUGCAUACAUGCUGCUCCAGCACAGCUGUGAGGAGAUGCUUAGAAGCAUCAGCUUCCAUUCUAGGUCAUCCACAGUUUACUGUGUAGACACCAACCAACUGUGGUUGAUCAUAACUAUGGUUAUAGGAAAUAAGCCAGGUUCCAACCAUCAUUGAGGAACUUGGCCACUUUUCACAAACCAUGGCUAAGGUUAACCACAUUUGCCAGCCAACACACCACAUCGCAGUUGGUUUCGUGCAGAAGUGGAAACUUGACAUCCGCACCUUGUCGCGGUGCUGGGGAGGGGCUUGUGCAGAGCCAUCUCGCCCAACCCACAGUCAAGAGGUUUAUUCUGUUGUGCUCCAUGGGGAAAAGGACAGGCUUUUAAAAGUCACGUUGUGGCCCAGGGGCAUGCUGGCAGGGGGCCAAGGAGUGGAAUGAGAGGGCGAUUCUCCUGUGGACGCUGUCGCAGCUGCCCAAAAUUAGUGCUCCAAGAACCCUGGUUGCCAUGCAGUGGGGAGGGGGCAUUGCAGUCAUGUGCAGUGAACUGGCCUCCCCCAUUUGCCCCCCUUGUAACGACUGGGCUUUACAAAUGUGGGUUGGGUGGCUUAAACCUUCCCUCUCCAGGUGCCCCCCAGGCACAGAAACCUGGGCUGUAAAGGCUUAAUGGAGUGGGGAGGGAGGGAGACAGCUGCAGGAGGAAGGGGGGAGGCAGGGAAAUGGGGCAAAGCGUGUGCAUGGGGGGGUGAAGAAGAAAGAACACGAGCGGGCACGAGGUGGUGCUGAGCACUGUCCCCAUCCAGGGCAGAUACGCACCCCCCGGAAUUUGGCCCGUGGGCUGAAAACGUUCCUCAUCCCUGCGCUGAACCAGGAGUGGUGUCUCUGGAUGCAGCUGGUGCAUGUGAAGUGCCUCCAGCACUUGGAUGCACUAUAUAAAAGCAAAGUCUGGCUGUUGCAAUGGGGUCCUCGCCCCGAUCCUUCGUGCCAUCCAUCUCUGUUGCUCACCUUGCUCUAACCGCUGUGGGAAUAAAUCUUGGACAUCUGGCAAACUCGAGGGGCAGAAAAGGACGCCGGGAGAUGUCCAAGCAGGGGCUUCCCUAAAUCAGCCGGGUGUCCACCUAGUCCUUCCUGGCUUUUAAGUCUCCAGCUCUUCUGAUGUUUCUCCUUCAUUUGUUGAAGACUCUGCAAUGCCGGCCCUUGGGAUCUGGAGAAAAACGUUCUAAUUCAUAGGUGUACAAAAUUGCACAGGAGUUUCCUUAGGGGUGCAGACUGGGAAACUUUGGUUUCUGACCUGGAUUUCUGCAUAUUGCGACAUUGUGGAUUGGUUUGGGACAGAAUGCCCGUGACCCUAGUUUUAGCAGACUUGAUGCUGCUUAUAAAUUAAAAGACCAGCUUGGGUGAGAUGAGAAUUCCACAGCGGGGUGGCUGGUCGUUCAACCCUUUGCAACAAACGUGAAUUUCUGUCAGUCUUCAGCACUCCUGCCCUUCAGGUGGGUGGGACUGCAGUUCCCAUACAUUCCAGCCCCACUGCCUGACUGGCCAGUUGCAGCUGACCGGGGAACUCUCUAUAAGGUGCCUUCUGAACCCGUAAAAACCCAGCCCCUCUACUCGGGAGCCACGUUCCAGCUCUCCUUGGGGCGAUUCUCCAAAUGGCCAUUCGUUAAGCAUUAAGGGAAGUCCCUCCAAAAAGAGGACAAAUGUGCAUGCCAUUUGCAUAUGCUACCUGAGAAGUGCACAUUGAGCAAUAUUUACAGCUGAAGUGGAAAGAGGACACCCCACCGCAGACUCCCUCUGCUUUUGCCUUCUAAAGGCAACAGCCUGGCCACGCCGUUUCUUGUGCAUGCUUUUUGCCUUAAGAACUCGGCUCAGAAACUGGUCCAUGGGCAGGCCUGGGCAGCCUGGUUCCUCCGCUUCACCUGGGAACACCGCUAGGUUCAUCCCCAUUCUCCAUUUUGGGGGGAACAGCCUACUUCCUCCUCCCUAACCGAAGCAAAGUGUCUCCGCCUUUUCACUGAGAGAUCCCCAAGAAUCCGCUGCUGCGGCGAAAGCAUUUGGGGCCUUCUGCCAUUAUCUAGCAGUGUCCUUUGUGAACGGCCGGCGUUUCCUUCAGAGACGAGAAGGACCUUUGGGAGGAAAGCACGAUGUUCCUUCUGGAGAGGGGAUUCCACUUGACAGCCCUUAAUCAAUGUCCUAAAACCUCGGUCCCCCUCCUUGUGGGUGCGUGUGCAUCUGUGCGUGCCCAGGCGUGCGUGCCAAGCAUUUCUCUCUGAGCUGUUGCAUGAAUAAAACAUCGGCAUGCAAUUACCAGCUCUCCAAGGCUUGCGCAGUUCCAUGGCUAAAAUGGUUCUUGGAGGUGAGCCCAAAACAAUGGUUAAAAAUUAAGCGAUAAUGGCCUGUGAUCGCCAUAUUACAGCAAAUGUGGCUUCACAGUUCCACCCUCUCGGAGUGAUGCAAUCGGCGUGUGCGCGCUUCCCCCACACGCAGCCGCAAAAGGGCCUCAUCCUCACAAGAUGUUGCUGGGCCCAACCCCGGCCUCGCAGAGGAUCGGGAGAGGGCCCGGCUCCUGCUUUUUGGAAGCCUGCGAGCUGCCUGCGCUUGCUGCCAUCCCGCGAGCCUCUCUUCCAACAACAACCCCAUCAGGUGGGCUGGGCUGAGGGUCUGACUGGCCCAACGUGACCCUCAUGGCUGAGAGACAACCAGAACCAGGAGUCCCACUCCUACACCCUCGCGACCAAGCAACGCUGGCACGGCGUUGAUGCAAACUUUCAUUAUUUCUGAAUUUGCACUUAUGCAUAAACUGCACGUGCUCAUUUCCUGCAAACCACUGUCCUGUUUUGGCCUUGCAUUCCCUGCUUUUUGAGAGGUCAGAAGUGGGUGCCCUAAUUGAAGGAGGCGAGGGGAACAAGGCUUUCCCCUCAAACUUGGGUGGGCACGAUGCUGGCGAGGCUUCUGGGACAGCGAUGCUCCCACCUGGCAUGAGAAAGUUCCCUGGACAAAAGCUUUGGAGCGGAAGGGCACUCGGACAUGGGAAGGAUGCUCAGGCAGGAACCAGGAGAUGCAGGGGUAUUAAACAUUGAUAUUUCAGUGAGAUAAUUCUGCUUGAUCCGGCUUUUAAUUGAUUGCCUCAAAGAGAAGUGCCCUUCUUGGUUGCUGCUGGGUUUGUUUUGUUCUUGUUUUAAUUUGUUGCAAACAUUAAACUUUUUUAUAGCCCAGUAAA